AUGGGAUGCAUGGUGGAGAGAGCAGAUUCACUAUUAUUCCAUUCGAGAUCAUUGGGUAAAUUACAGAGUUUGGUUGCAUGCAUUUGUUGGCAGAUUUGGAAAGCGAGAAAUGCUUGGGUUUACAAACAGGAAUGGUGGAAAGCUGAUGAUAUAGCCGAAGUGGCAAGUAAGCAUUGUACCGAGUAUGUUGAUGCUCUUGGGGUGGGUCAUCUUUCUUCCAGAAAAUCAAAAGAGCAUGUUACGCAUCAAAGUAUUGUGUGGAAUUCUCCUCCUAUUUCUUUUGUAAAGAUUAAUUGUGAUGACGCUUUUGAUUCUAAAUCGUGUACUGGUGGGGGAGGUAUUGUGGUUCAUAAUCAUGCCGGUUCUGUUUUAAAAGGAGCUGGGUUUCUUUUCCCGUAUGUUUCACAUCCUUCUCUUGCAGAGGCUUUGAUAUUAAGAAAAGGAUUGCUUCAGGCACUUCAAUGGGGUUUUGAUAGAGUCAUUUUUGAAACCGAUGCGGAGGUAAUGGUGAAAGCUAUUCUGAAGUCCGGUCCUUGCCCUCCAUAUUUAAAUAUUGUGGUUGAUGAUAUGAAUUCUUCUUUUUCAUCAGUUCUUCUCAGUAGCGUUUGUCCUUCGUGA